AAGGACCUCCUACCGUAUAGAAACAGUCCAAAUUGACUAAGUGAGCUGGAUGAUCGAUCAUCAUUCUGUCAUCAUGGCUCUUACUGCUGGUUGUUUUCGGAAAGGACUCCUGCUGCUCUCUUUUCUCUUCAUUUCUAUAAAUGGACAAACAGAGCCAUCUUUCAUGGUGACAUUUCCUGCAUUGAUCCAGUCAGGAUCUGAAGCUAAACUGUGUGCAAGUCUCCUGAAGCCCAAUGAAAGUCUUGUAAUGACCGUUCAUCUAGUGAAUGAUGACCAGGUCACAUUAUUACUGCAGGAGAAAACAGAUGAAGAGUUUCAUCGCUGCUUCAACUUCAAGGCUCCAUUAGUGGAAGGAGAUUCAGUGCAGAAAAUAAAGGCUGAAAUUAAAGGGGAGUCUUUCAAGAUGACUGAAGAGAGAAAAGUUAUGUUUAGACAUUACAAUCCUUUGACCUUUAUCCAGACUGAUAAACCCAUCUAUAAUCUAGGACAAACCGUACAUUUCAGAGUUGUUACCAUGGAUACAUAUUUUGUACCCCUUGAACAACAGUACAGUACAGUUGUGCUUGAGGACAGUCAAAAUAACAGAAUCGGUCAAUGGACCAAUAUUUCCUCAACACGAUGGAUAUUGCAGCGUUCUUAUGACUUAAACCCUGAAGCUCGUGAGGGAACGUACACACUGAAGGCUUACAUUGAUGAAAGACUGAUAACAUCUUAUUUUCAGGUGAAAAAAUAUGUUUUGCCGAAGUUUGAAGUUACUAUAAAAGCACCAGAUAGUGUGAGUGUGGCGGAUGAGGAAAUGACUAUUGAAGUAUGUGGAAAAUACACUUAUGGGCAGCCUGUCUCUGGAAAAUCGUGGAUAAAAGUGUGCAGUCCAUCACAUUACUACUUCAGAUUAAAUAUAAUCUGUUUCACUGAAACCGCUGAGAUAAAGGAGACGGGCUGUGCCGUUCAUUAUUUUAAUGCAUCGGCCUUCAGCAACAUUACAAUAAACAAUCAAUUUUACAAUUAUCUUAAUGUUGAGGUGAAAGUAACAGAAGAAGGAACAGAGACCACCAUGACAAAUUCAGAAUCUGUACUCCUUAAUUAUGAAAUUGGACAAUUGGCAAUUACAGACCUACCCACGACAUAUAAACACGGAUCAGUCAUAAAAGGAAAAAUCAAGGUUACAGAUUUCAAAGGAACACCAAUUCCAAACAAAGACGUUUAUCUCUUUAAGGGGGGGCACUGGCCCCCAAAUCUGCUCUUUAGUCUCACUACAGAUGACAAUGGACUGGCAGCAUUCUCACUUAAUACAUCUAGUCUGCCUGAAAGUGAUCUUAAUCUGAAGGCAAGUGUAUAUCCAGGAUAUCUUGUAAAUAGCUAUACCAAGCCUCACUUCCCUACAGUUCAAAAAGAAGUUUCAAUUUUCCAGCCCGCCGCCCCAAAACCCCAAUAUAUCCCAUAUACCCCAUCAUUUAGUGAAUUGACUAUAGACAAUCUUCCGGAACCCUUAAAGUGUGAUGCUGAGUUUACAGUAACCAUUAAUUAUCAUUUCAUUGGAGAAGCCAUUGAUAAGUUCAACACUGACAUUGUCUAUAUGGUCUUGUCCAGAGGUGUGAUAGUUCAUCAUGGAUAUGAGAAGGUUGAAGUGAAGACUUCUAAUGGAGCAGCGAAUGGCACAGUGUCAUUCAAACUGUCUGUUAAAGCAGAUCUAACUCCAGUAGUGCAGAUACUUGCAUACUGUGUUCUGCCCAGCGACAAUGUAGUUGCUGCGAGUGAAAACUUCAACACUGAAAAGUGUUUCAAUAACAAGGUGUCUCUUCAGUUUUCUCCUGCUACAGCAGUUCCAGGUGAAGCAAACACAAUACAGCUGUCAGCUCAGCCUGGUUCAUUGUGUGCUCUCAGUGCUGUAGAUAAAAGUGUUCACAUCUUGGAACCAGGAAAACGUCUGGAUGCUGAUAAGAUUUUAAACCUUUUGCCAGUGCGUUCAGUGUCAGAAUAUCCAUACCAGACUGAAGAUGAGCAACCAUGUUUCCAUUUCAGACCCCGUCAAGAUGUAGGAAUGGCCUAUGAAUCCUUAAAGAAAGUGGGAUUAAAAAUGGCAACAAAUUUGGCUGUACAUCCGUGUUACAAUCGAAGAAUAGUGUUAAACUCUCUUCCGCCUGGACAAGGUCCUCAUGUAACAGUACGGAGCGUCUUUCCAGAAACAUGGAUUUGGCAACUUUCUGAAGUUGGGGACUCUGGAUCAACACAGUUUCCUGUCAAGGUUCCUGACACCAUCACCACCUGGGAGACGGAUGCUUUCUGUCUGUCCUCCAAAGGUUUGGGUUUGGCUCCUCCUGCUCAGCUGACAGUUUUCCAGCCCUUCUUCCUGGAGCUUUCUCUGCCUUACUCCAUCAUCCGUGGGGAGAUCUUUGAACUGAAGGCCACCGUCUUCAACUAUCUGUCCAAAUGUAUCAUGGUUAAAGUAACUCCAGCUCCAUCUUCAGACUUCACUCUUAAAGCCUCCUCUGAUGAUGACCAGUAUUCAUCCUGUCUGUGUGCUAAUGGAAGAAAAACCUUUAAAUGGAUUCUCACUCCUUCUGUUCUUGGAGUGUUGAAUAUAACAGUGAGUGCAGAGGCAGAGCAGUCACAGACUGUGUGUGACAAUGAGAUUGUGAGCGUGCCAGAGAGAGGACGCAUUGACAUAGUUACUCGAAGUCUCCUUGUACAGGCUGAAGGGACUGAAAAGACAGAGACUCACAGCUGGUUACUGUGUCCAAAGGGUAACAGUCUUUCAGAAGAGCUGGAUCUGACGCUUCCUAAAGAUGUGAUAGAGGGAUCAGCAAGAUCUUCAGUUUCAGUCAUUGGAGACAUAUUGGGUCGUGCACUGCAGAAUCUUCAUGGAUUAUUACGAAUGCCGUACGGCUGUGGAGAACAAAACAUUGCUAUUCUGUCUCCCAAUAUUUACAUUUUACAGUAUCUGGAAAACACAAAGCAACUCACUUCGGCCAUCAGAGAGAGAGCCACAGGCUUCCUGAAGAGUGGAUAUCAGAGACAGCUGAACUACAAACAUAGAAGUGGUGGAUACAGUACAUUCGGCCGUGGUGAAGAGAAUACAUGGUUGACAUCUUUUGUCCUGAGGUCUUUUGGCAAAGCACAGAAGUACAUAUUCAUUGAUCCAAAUGUUAUUCAAAGUGCAAAGGAUUGGUUAAUAAGUAGGCGCAGUACAGAUGGUUGUUUUAUUCAACAAGGAAGUUUGUUCCACAACAGAAUGAAGGGUGGAGUAAAUGAUAAUAUAACCAUGACUGCUUACAUCACUGCAUCAUUACUUGAACUGGAAACUCCAGUCACAGAUCCUGUGGUCGCUCAAGGUUUGUCCUGUUUGAGGUCCAUCAUUGGGAAUCUUAAAAACACUUACAGCACUGCGCUGCUUGCCUACACUUUCAGUCUGGCGAAUGACACGGACACCAGACAGCAGCUUUUAAAGGAACUGGAAAAUCUUGCCAUUUCAGAAGGGUCUCAGCUUCACUGGUCUCAGUCAGGAUCUGUUGAUGAUUCUGGUUCUCUGUCAGUGGAGAUCAGCUCAUAUGUUCUGCUAGCUGUUCUCACAUCAGAUUCAGUCACUACAGUUGAGUUGGGUUAUGCUAACAGGAUCGUCAGCUGGCUUGUCAAGCAGCAGAACGCCUAUGGAGGAUUCUCAUCUACACAGGACACAGUUGUGGCUCUUCAGGCUUUGUCUUUGUACGCCACUAAAGUUUUCAGCUCUGAUGGUUUCAGUACAGUGACGGUUCAGUCAGCAGGAGACUCUCAUAACUUUGAUGUGAAUCAGGACAACAAGUUACUGUAUCAGGAGAAGAAACUGACCAAUGUUCCUGGCAAAUACAGUAUUGAAGUGAAAGGCUCGAGCUGUGUGUCUGUGCAGAUGGCUCUGUUUUACAACAUUCCCACUCCCACUGAAGAUAAAACAUUGACCGUUGAAGCUACGCUUGAGGCUGAUUGCAAGAAAUCAUUUGCACAACCAAAAAAUUUGAACUUUACAGUCAAAUAUAAUGGUCCACAGGAAACUACUAACAUGGUCAUUGUGGAUAUUAAGCUCUUAUCAGGAUUCACAGCUGACACAUCAUUGACGUUUGCACCACUUGUGGAGCGGGUGGAUACUAAAGACGAUCAUGUCCUUGUAUAUUUGAAAGAGGUUCCAAAAAAUCUCCCUAUGAAUUAUGAGAUACAAUUAAAACAGAUUCUUCCAGUCAAGAACCUCAAGCCAGCUGUGAUCAAAGUCUAUGAUUACUACCAAACAAGUGAUCAGUCAGAGACCGAGUACUCCUUCCCAUGUGAAUAAUGCAGCUCAUUGCCCCUUGGAUGAAGUUCAAGUUGAAUCUAAAAUGUUAUUUUAUGUGUCCAGUUUGUUUGUUCUUUAUUCUAAGAAAAAAAAUAAAGUGUUACUACAUGAAAGUAUA